AGUCUUGCACAGGUGUACCGGCUCCUCCCCUCCAGUCUUGCAGAGGUGUAUCGGCUCCUCCCCUUCAGUCUUGCACAGGUGUACUGGCUCCUCCCCUCCAGUCUUGCAGAGGUGUAUCGGCUCCUCCCCUUCAGUCUUGCACAGGUGUACCGGCUCCUCCCCUUCAGUCUUGCACAGGUGUACUGGCUCCUCCCCUCCAGUCUUGCAGAGGUGUAUCGGCUCCUCCCCUCCAGUCUUGCACAGGUGUACCGGCUCCUCCCCUACAGUCUUGCAGAGGUGUACCGGCUCCUCCCCUUCAGUCUUGCACAGGUGUACCGGCUCCUCCCCUUCAGUCUUGCUCAGGUGUACCGGCUCCUCCCCUUCAGUCUUGCUCAGGUGUACCGGCUCCUCCCCUCCAGUCUUGCACAGCUGUACCGGCCCCUCCCCUCCAGUCUUGCACAGGUGUACCGGCUCCUCCCCUUCAGUCUUGCUCAGGUGUACCGGCUCCUCCCCUUCAGUCUUGCUCAGGUGUACCGGCUCCCUCCCCUUCAGUCUUGCUCAGGUGUACCGACUCCUCCCCUCCAGUCU